AUGUCACCCUACCCGAAGCCUGCCCAACUCUCACGCCCUCCAUCCACAACCCCUGCCACUGCCGCUGCUCUUUCUACCCUGGAGCUUGCAAGAUCCGACCCACCACCAGCUGCAGCUCCUAAGCAUCCCAUGGUCACCCGUGCUAAAACAGGUCACCUAAAGCCUCGCACAUUCUCCACCGUGGUUCCUCCAGCUGCUCCAUCUUCAUAUUCACAAGCUAGCUCAGAUCCAUAG